AUGUUCUCCAGGACCUCACGACUAUUGAGCAGCCAUGCCAGCAAGGCUGCCAAGUUUCACACUUCGGCCCCAAUCUCGCAUGGAAUAAAGCGCGUUGGUGUGAUUGGAUCCGGACAAAUGGGUCUUGGUAUUGCCAUGGUGGCUGCUAACGUCGCCCGACUUCCUGUGGUGAUCAUGGAUGUGAACAAAGAACAAAUUGACAAGGGUAUCAAGUUUAUGGACAAGCUAUUGGAAAAGGAUGUGGGAAAGUCUAAAAUCACUUCGGAACACGCUCAGGGCACCAAGGAUCUGGUGUCUACCACUCAAACCCUAAAGGAUUUACGUGAUGUCGACAUUGUCAUUGAAGCUGCUUCUGAAAACUUGGCUAUCAAGACCGCCUUGUUUGCUGACCUCGACAAGGAGUGUAAGCCAGAUGCUAUUUUGGCUACCAACACCAGCAGUAUCAGCAUUACAAAAAUCGCUGCCGCUACAUCCCGAGCCCAUCAGGUUAUUGGUAUGCACUUUAUGAACCCUGUCCCGGUUAUGAAGCUGGUCGAAAUCAUCCCUGGUUUGGCUACGACUGAUAACAUCGUGCAGACCACUAAGGAACUCGCCACCAGCAUGGGCAAGACCACUACCGUCGUGCAAGAUGUGCCUGGCUUUGUUGCCAAUCGAUUGCUCAUGCCCUAUAUCAAUGAAGCCGUCCUUCUCCUUGAAAAUAGCUGGGCAUCUGCAGAGGAUAUUGAUACCACCAUGAAGCUGGGUAUGAACAUGCCCAUGGGUCCUUUGACUUUGGCUGAUUUUAUCGGUCUCGAUACAUGCUUAGCCAUCAUGAAAGUCAUCCAUGAAAACACCGGUGACACAAAAUAUCGACCCAGUGUCUUGUUGCAAAAGUAUGUGGAUGCUGGAUGGCUAGGCAAGAAGUCUGGUCGUGGUUUCUACAGCUACAAAUAA